AUGGCUCCGAGCCUUCUCAGAUUCACUCCGGAAGAGGAUAUGACUCUCUGGCAGUACCUCAUCGAAUCGACCGACACGGUCGGCCCGGUGGCGCUCUGGAAGACGUUCAAAACGCAAACCGGAAGCCAGCGCAAUGUUCAGACUCUGUACAAUCGGUUGGUUUCGAGGACUGCGAGCAAAAUAAUUUUUAAAUUACAGUUUCAAAUACUCUCUGGCUCCGCAUCUUCACGAGGCCGACCUCGAUAUGGCGACCAAGGCGAAAUUGUACGGAAAGUACAGAAUUAUGGUGCCGAGCGACUAUGUUGAGACGUAAUUUUUGUUAAAUAAGAGAUUUGUUAUGAAAAAUAGUUUUUUUCAGAUUGAAAGCGGCGACCGACGUGCGUAUCGACGAGCAAGGCUUCGUUGUCGAUGCGGAAGCUCCAGUUUCGGCUCCAAUCCCGGUUGAAGCUGCGACUCCCGAUCUUCCGGUUCCCCCUCCGGCGAGAAGAGCGUCCAAGCGUACAUCCACUGUUGCUUCUACUCCACAUGCGAAAAGAUCGGCGCCGCGCGCGGCUCGUACUGCGAGUCCGCCAAAAAAGACUCCCCGUACUCCACGCACCGCUUCUGCUUGCCGCAAUACACCUCGUCGCAGCGCUUUGCCCAAAGUGGCCACGUCGCGCACUUCCCGCAAGACGCGCAGCAAGGUUUCGGCUCCGUCCACGCCAGCCGCAUCUUCGCAAUCCGCUGAGCCGCCGCAGAGCCGUCAGCAAACCGUUCGCGUCACCGAAUUCGACACGGCGCCGUUCUUCGAAUCGCUCAAGCAGCUGAUCGGCGAGACUACGAGAGAGGUGGUCCAGAAGACGGUCGACGACGCGUUCGAAAAAAAUCAGGCGACGUCGGUGCAGCAGACUGGCGAUACUGCGAGUCUCGAGCUGUUUUUGUCCGUUAUGAAGAGCCUCGUCUCGCGUGUGAACUCGCCGGCGAUGCAGGACAUUGACAAGCGCAUCGAGGCAGCGCUGCUCACCAUUUCCGCAGAUGACAAGGUAAGCAGCAAGAGAAUCACCUUUCAAAAUCGGUUCUUUUUUCAGCAAAUCCCGGUGGACACUGUCCGCUCCGCCGUCGACGUCGCCAUCAGAAUUCUUGGAUUCUAA